AUGGCUCAGACCAUCGCCGACGUAACUGCCACUGUCAAGGCUGCACUAUCCAAGCUUUCGCCCACCGACGAUAUCCCAGAUUCAGCACGGUUCGAGCUUCUCGAUGUGCUGGAUCAAUUGCGUGCCGCCAUUGAACCCCCUAUCCAGACAGUGCUGAAUAUCUGCUGGGCACACCAUCCCCUAGUUGCAAUCCGCACUGCUAUUGGAAUGGGAGUCUUUGAUGCAUUUGUCGCUUCCGGCGGCGCUGAAUUGUCGCUUGAGCAGUUAAAUGAAAAGACCAAAGGCGACAAGGACCUUCUUGCCAGAAUCAUGCGCCUCCUCGUCGCUAAUCGCCUGUUCACUGAAACUGGUGUUGACAAAUACCAACCCCAGCCUUUGGCUUUGGCGUUCGCAACAGGCGCUCCGCCUAGUGAGGUCAUUAAAAAUUUCCAUGUUAACUUCCGUGCCUCCGCAUUCACCCAUGACUUCCUCGAAGCCCGAGGAUACCGUAGCCCAGAUGACGCCUACGACACGCCCUUCCAGCUGGCGUACGGGACCAAGCUGCACCACUUCGAGUGGCUCGCACAGGACCCAGCCGAGCAGCACGCUUUCAAUACAGUUAUGGAGACCAGCAAUCGAGCAGUCGAGGGCGCUCAGUGGUAUGACUUUUACCCAUGGCAAGAGCGGUUGUCACUAGCCACCGGUGACAAGGCGCAGGAAAGUCGCGUACUCCUAGUCGACAUUGGUGGCGGCAAGGGUCACGACCUGCAAGCCUUCAAGCAGAAGAAGAGCCCUGCUGGCCGCCUGGUCCUGCAGGACCUCCCCGAGGUUAUUCGGGACAUUAAGGGUCCACUUGCCGAGGGUGUUGAGGCUGUGAGCUACAGCAUGUUCGAUGUGCAGCCUGUGCGUGGCGCCAAGGCGUACUAUAUGCGGACGGUCCUGCAUGACUGGCCGGAUAAGCAGGCUCUGCAAGCCCUCCAUCGGGUUCGGGAAGCAAUGGCUGAUGAUUCGGUGCUGCUGAUUAAUGAGAAUACCAUUCCUGAAACAGGAGCACCCAAGUUCAAUGCAAGCGUCGAUCUUAUUAUGAUGAACAUGUUCUCUUCGCUGGAGCGCACGGAUAAGCAGUGGUUGAGCCUUUUGGAGCGUGCCGGAUUCAAGGUUGUCAAGGUGUGGCGGUCGGAUGAUCAAGGAACGGGGUCAAAUGCUUUGUUUGAGGCUGUUCGCGUUUAG